AUGGAAGAGCCCAAGACUGUUUUUUGGCUGCGUCCGGUGAACGACGAAGCCAUCGCAAUCGUCAGAGACGACGCUAAUCGAGACCGGCGGCGCCCAGACCCAGAAAAUGGCUCCGCCCACAUCUUUAGGAUCGGCACGGACCAAACAGCCAAAAUCCCCUCACGCCUUGUCACUUUCGGCCGGUUGCCUUUCAAUUCCGACAUCCUCCUUCGGGGCAAUACAUAUGCCAAUACAGACCAGUGCUAUUUCGACCUACACCCAACAACGGGCGAGCUACUUCUCCACGACAUUUCGAAAAAUGAGAACACAAAGCUCGUCGACUUUGGAGAAACGCAGAGCAGCAACCAGAUUCUACGGAGGCCGAGACAAUGUGUCGUGCAACUUGAGAGCGACUGGAUCCUAAACAUUGGAGGUGCCAAGUUCCAUCUCCGUCCGCGGAAAGCAGGGAACGACAAGACAAAAGCAGCGCUCGCUGCCGAACGCCAUGCCUUUCUGCAACAGAUACCCGAAGAAUAUAGGACAUUCGAAGGCAUGCAGUCGGGCCCGUCCGUGGCCACAGCCAAGUCGUACAACCUCCGCAAAGUGCAUCCAAAGGCCCGCAAGCGAGGCGAAGAGAUCCAGUGGGCCUUCCGGAGGUCUCUUGGCGCUGGCGCACAAGGCCAAGUGGACCGGGUGGUGGACCUCCAUACUGGCGAGCACUACGCGCGGAAGGUGCUCCAAUGGAGACCAUUGCACGAAUGGAAUAUCUUUACAGAAAGUGCCUUUAAGGAGAAGCUGAUGAAGGAGAUUGAUUUAGUGGAGACGGUAGACCAUGACCACAUUGUCCCGUAUUUCCACCACCAGGGCUGGCAGAUGGGAUGCGCAGUCGAAAUCUUCAUGCCCGUGUAUGACGGAAGCCUCAGCUCACGGAUCCGGCAGCUCAGGUCGGCGCGGCAAUACAGCGCAACUGGAGCAGGCGACAUCGGGCCGCCCGAUCCGAUGCGAGUCUUGCUGGGCAGCAUGCUCCCCCAGAUCUUGGCCGCACUGGAGUACAUCCACUCGCGGAACAUUAUACACCGAGACAUCAAGCCCGCCAACAUCCUCUUUUCUCGAGAUCACUGGGCCGUCACCGACUUCGGGAUAUCGAAAAUGAUUGAUAUGUCGAGUCCCACGGCGACCAGGACAGCGACGCCGUUCUACGCAGCACCAGAGAUCUAUCAUGGGGGCGAGCAGACGCCCAUGGUCGACAUCUACGGGCUUGGUGUGUGCAUUCUCGAGUGCCUGGUCAGCCUCGAGGGCGUCGAAUCACGAGAAGCUCAUUGGCUUCCAAGGCACCGGCAAUUUCAGCAGCUCAUGCGGCAGCACGCGCCCCACUUCGAAUGCAUGCUCGCUGACACGGCCGCGGAGCGCCCGACCGCUCGUGCUCUCCGUGAUGCCUUCUUUCCCGUCUAUCCGGCCUUUCCCGCCUCUCCAGUCUCUCCCGUCCCUGCAGGGCCAGCGGCACACACCCGCUCAAGAACGCGCCAGGCCACGGUCACCUUGAGGAGCGUCGACGCGUCGCAGCACGAUCACGGCACGGUCGUGUCGGUCGCCAUGCUACCAAGCGUCAUGGACUGGACACGGUCGCUUGCGGCGGUGAUCCUUCCACAAGGCUACACGCGCCCAGGUUCGCAAGAUAGCCAGCGGGACGUGACCAUGCAAUCAAUCUUGGAGCAGGACGCGCAACACCCGGAGUGGGACCAGAGCACGCAGCCCGACUCGGUGGCCCUGUCAUGGACCAAAUGGUGGGCGUGGACGACGACCAAGGCGAGGGCGCGGGCGUGA